UGCGUCACUUCCUGUUACGCUCUGACUCCGGCUUGCAUCAUUUCGUCCUGGCUGCCGGGUGCUGAACAUACGCCAUGGUUGAGCCAGUUCCAGAAUCCAUCAACUUUCCUUCUGAGGAAGAGAAGAUAUUGGAGUUUUGGCAGAAAAAGGACUGUUUCCAGGAAUGCCUUAAACAGUCUAAGAACAGACCCAGGUACACCUUCUAUGAUGGCCCACCCUUUGCCACGGGUUUACCCCACUAUGGUCACAUUCUGGCUGGAACUAUCAAAGACAUAGUUACUCGGUUUGCUCAUCAAAGUGGCUUCUAUGUGGAGAGGCGCUUCGGCUGGGACUGUCAUGGCCUACCUGUGGAGUAUGAGAUCGAUAAAACUCUGGGCAUCAAAGGGCCAGAAGAUGUGGCAAAGAUGGGGAUCGCUGAGUACAACAAGCAAUGCCGAAACAUUGUUAUGAGAUACUCGCAUGAAUGGGAGACUUCAGUAAAGCGAAUGGGGAGAUGGAUUGACUUCAAAAAUGACUACAAAACUCUUUACCCAUGGUUCAUGGAGACCGUCUGGUGGGUGUUCAAGCAGCUCUAUGAUAAGGGCAUGGUGUACCGUGGAGUCAAAGUGAUGCCUUUCUCCACUGCCUGCAACACCCCCCUGUCAAACUUUGAGUCCCAUCAGAACUACAAGGACGUUCAGGAUCCUUCUGUGAUUGUCAACUUCCCCUUGGUUGAGGAUAAGGAUGUUAGUUUGAUCGCCUGGACCACCACACCUUGGACACUGCCCAGCAACCUGGCCCUCUGUGUCAACCCAGACUAUCUGUAUGUCAAGGUCAAAGAUAAUUCCACUGACAAGACCUACAUCAUGAUGGAGGCCAGGCUAGGGGCCCUGUUUAAGUCUGAGAGUGAAUACACUGUCCUGGACAAAUUUCCUGGCAAGAACCUAAAGGGCAAAAAGUACAAACCCCUUUUCCAAUACUUUUCUAAGUGUGGCGAGAAAGGAGCCUUCCAGGUGGUGCUGGAUAAUUAUGUCAAGGAGGAAGAGGGCACCGGAGUAGUCCACCAGGCACCCUACUUUGGAGCUGAUGACUACAGGGUUUGUGCUGAGUACAACAUCAUCCAGAGGGAUCAGCCUCCUAUCUGCCCUGUGGAUGCCUCGGGCUGCUUCACUUCAGAGGUCACUGACUUUGCUGGACAGUAUGUCAAAGAUGCUGACAAGAACAUAAUCAAGUGGCUGAAGGAAAAUGGUCGCCUUGUCAACUUUAGCACUUUCAAGCACAGCUACCCUUUCUGCUGGAGGUCAGACACGCCCUUGAUCUACAAAGCUGUCCCCAGCUGGUUUGUUCGGGUGGAGCACAUGGUGGAGAAGCUGCUGGACUGCAAUGGAAAAUGUUAUUGGGUUCCGGAGUUUGUGCGUGAGAAGCGCUUUGGGAACUGGCUAAGAGACGCCCGCGACUGGGCUAUUUCCAGGAACCGCUACUGGGGCACUCCUAUCCCGCUUUGGGUCAGCGAUGAUUUCCAGGAGGUUGUGUGUGUUGGGUCCAUAGCAGAACUGGAGGAGUUGACGGGAGUCAAAGUAGCAGAUCUUCAUCGGGAAAGCAUUGACAGUCUUACAAUACCAUCCCGGUGUGGGAAGGGCGUUCUGCGGAGGGUCACGGAGGUGUUUGACUGCUGGUUUGAGAGCGGCAGCAUGCCUUACGCCCAGGUUCAUUAUCCUUUUGAGAACAAGAAGGAGUUUGAGGAAAGUUUUCCUGCAGACUUCAUCGCUGAAGGAAUUGACCAGACCAGAGGAUGGUUCUACACCUUGCUGGUUCUCUCCACAGCGCUGUUUGGAAAACCACCCUUUAAGAAUGUCAUUGUGAAUGGACUGGUGCUUGCUAGUGAUGGACAGAAGAUGAGCAAGCGUAAGAAGAACUACCCAGAUCCAGCUCUGAUCGUGCAGAACUAUGGAGCCGAUGCCCUCAGACUCUACCUCAUCAACUCACCUGUGGUGAGAGCAGAGAACCUGCGCUUCAAAGAGGAGGGAGUACGGGACAUACUAAAGGAUGUUUUCUUGCCGUGGUAUAACGCCUAUCGCUUCUUAGUGCAGAAUGUACAAAGGCUGCAGAAGGAGGAUGGAAUUGGGUUCCUCUACAACGAAAAUACAGCAAAGCAGAGCGACAACAUCAUGGACAAGUGGAUUCAGUCCUUCACACAGUCUCUUAUCCAGUUUUUCAAGGCUGAGAUGGACGCGUACCGCCUGUACACAGUCGUGCCUCGCCUGGUCAAGUUUGUGGACAUGCUCACCAACUGGUAUGUCAGGACCAACAGGCGCCGCCUGAAGGGAGAGAGUGGCACAGAGGACUGCCUGUGGGCGCUGGAAACUCUGUUCAGUGUUCUUUUCUCCAUGUGCAGGCUGAUGGCUCCCUUCACACCCUUCAUUACUGAAAUGAUGUACCAAAAUCUGUGUCACCUCAUUGACCCCGCCUCUGUUGAAGAGAAGGACGCCAGCAGCAUCCACUAUUUAAUGCUGCCUCAAGUCAGGGAGUCUUUGAUUGACAAGCGCAUUGAGUGCGCCGUCUCUCAGAUGCAGUCUGUGAUUGAACUUGGCAGAGUGAUUAGAGACAGGAAGACUCUGCCUGUCAAGUAUCCACUAAAGGAGGUGGUAGUGAUUCACCAGGACCCUGAAGCCCUCAAAGACAUCCAGUCUUUACAGCAAUACAUUCUUGAGGAGCUUAAUGUGCGACAGUUGACCCUUUCGACAGAUAAGGAUAAGUACGGGAUCCGCCUGAGAGCCGAGCCAGACCACAUGGUGUUGGGCAAGAGAUUAAAGGGGGCCUUCAAAGCAGUCACUGCUUCCAUCAAGGAGCUCACCAGUGAACAGCUAGAGGCCUUCCAGAAAACGGGGCGCAUCAUGGUGAACGAGCACGAGCUGCACGAGGAGGACCUCAGGCUGAUGUACACCUUUGACCAGAGCUCUGGCUCUACUGCACAGUACGAGGCGCACUCGGACGCUCAGGUCUUGGUGCUGUUGGAUGUCACUCCGGAUCAGUCCAUGGUGGACGAGGGAGUUGCCCGAGAAGUCAUCAACCGCAUUCAGAAACUGCGCAAAAAGGGACAUUUGGUGCCAUCAGAUGAGAUAACUGUGCAUUACCACUGUCAGCCAGAGGGGGAGUACUUGGCUUCUGUAAUCCAAGCCCACACUGAUUUUAUUCUGGGAACUACAAAGGCUCCACUACUCCCAUAUCCUGUUCCAAAGAGUGCCAGCAUCAUCAUAGCAGAAACUACGCAGCUUAAGGGCUCAGACUUGGAGUUAACUAUCGUGAAGGGAUCUUCAGUCCAUCAAGCUUCACUAAAUGGACCCGCAUGCGCUUAUGUCAACGCCCGGGUGAAGGUCGGCAACAGAGAACUAGAGGGGGUAAUUCUGCUGGAGAAUCCAAAGGGGGAUAACAGAUUAGACUUGGAUCGACUGCAGACAGUGUGCAGCAGCGUCUUUGGAACCAACAAUAGUCGGCUUCGAUUCUUCAGCGGCGGAACUGAGCUGACUAGUAAAAUGGAUCUUCUGGCUCUCAGUGGCAAAACUUUAGCCGUGACUUCAGGCCCCUCCUCUCCUGGCCCCGCCCCUACUGCCAACACCCCGCUGUGCCCCUAUGUGAACCUCGUUCUGUGCAACGCACAGCCAGCUGAGUGCCAGACUGGUGAGGUGGGCACGCUGUUGUUGAUGAACCCAGUGGGCCACAAUGCCCUCAACUACCCAGGCCUGCUGUCUGAGACCGGCAAAGUCUUUGGCCUCCGCAGCCGACGGCUGAAGCUCUACCUGGACCAGGACUUCACUGAAGAACUUGCUGCAGAGUCGUCCAUAAAGUCUCUCGACACCAAAACCUUGUUUGUGAGAGUUCUGCCAACAACUGCAAAUGCCUGAAAACCCUUCAGCUAUUUUCAGAAACAUUUCCCCCCCUCAGAAGUGGCCCCCUCUGCUACUCUUUCUACCACCCAAAAUCCUGACUUGGCCAAACUGUAACAACAAAGAGUGUCAGUAGUUUUAGAUUGUUUCUUGGGGAAGCUCUGUCUCAUUCUUUACUGUUUAAUCCAUGUUGUUCAUGACUCAAAAUGCUGUAAGAUUUUAGGCAUUCAGAAUGGUAUUGGAUUGGUUUUAAAUGACUGUUCAAACGUACAUGUAAGCAGUUUUAUAAUAGAUGAAGAGUGGGACUGCAGCAGCUAACGGAAACAGGGAAUUUUCUGGCUUAAAGGUGGACUCUGGACAGCCCAAACAUUGCUUUUCAGUAAAUCCUGGGAAGAAAGGUUCCAUGACGCAGCCCAACUCCAUUAACUGUCGCUGUUACCAAUGGGUGAUUCUCUUUGUUAUGAAAUAAUGCAGGUUACUUUCCUUCAUGAUUUAUCUACACUGUGUUCAGUUCAGUCAUUUUUUUUAAACAAAUUGAUAGAGGAAUUUGGGCCUUUGUGUUUCUACCCCUCUUUAAUUUUCACAGAUGAGUCCAUUGUGUUUAGUGCACACAAAAUUCUCAGACAAUGGGAGAGGCAUUUAAAUGGAUUUUUGGCUUACUGUACCUUUGGGACACCAAAAGGCUUCUGUCACAAAAAGAGCAAUAAAUGGAUAAUGUACUAUUUUAAGUCACAACCAGAAUAAAUUGACGCUUAUGAAGAA